AUGGCAUCCAAGCAGUAUACGCUUUAUGACCUCCCCAGUAGGGCUCCGUGUACAACCUGGACGCCUAACCCAUGGAAAACACGGCUUCUGUUCAACCUCAAAGGCCUGGAUUAUCGAACUGAAUGGGUCGAAUAUCCGGACAUCAAGCCGACGCUGGAAAACAAAGUUCCCGCCAAUGCAGGAAGUACCGCGUAUUCAAUCCCCACCAUUGAAAGUCCGGAUGGAACAUGUGUGAUGGACUCGCGCAAAAUUGUACAAUACAUCGAGAAGCAACAUCCUCAACCCUCAAUGCAUCUGGAUUCAAGCUAUUUACCUAAAGUCGAAGAAGUCUGGUCAGCUUAUAUGGGGGAUAUUCUCAACGACGCAAGUCUUGAGUAUUGGUAUACAACCCGCGAGAAAUUCGUUGGGAUGCCAGUUGAUCAGCUAGAGAAGGAGAAGGGAGGAGAAUUGGCAUGGAAUGAAGCCGAGCCGGCACUUCGCAGCGCAACAGCGCUGUUGAAGGAGAAUGAAGGACCAUUUUUCAUGGGCGACACUAUCAGCUAUGCUGAUCUUGUUUGGGCUAGUGUCCUUCUUUUCAGCAAGCGUCUGGGACCCGGUUUCUUCGAGGAGGCUACGAAGAGAAGUGGCGAUGCUCAGGUUCACUUGAACCUGCUAGAGGCAAUUCGCCCUUGGUCUGAGCGAGACAGUCGUUGA